UGGGAUUAGGGUGAUGUGGGGGGGGGGCACCAGAGCCUGCUCUGGGCAGUUCUCUGUCCAUUCUGACAGUGUCCUCCUGUCUGAGAGAACAGGACAUCUCUGUGAUUAGGCCUGAAGUCUCCUGCACCCUCAGACCCUCCUCAGGAUGGAUGUGGGGCCCAGCUGCCAGCCCCAGCGUGGACUCUACUUGAUGCUGCUUCUACUGGUUCUGACACCCAGGAGCCAGGCCAACCCCAGCUGCUAUGGAAUCCCAGGGAUGCCAGGCCUGCCAGGGACCCCUGGGAAGGAUGGGCAUGAUGGCCUGCGGGGGCCCAAGGGUGAGCCAGGAAUCCCAGCUAUCCCCGGGACGCGAGGACCCAAGGGUCAGAAGGGCGAGCCUGGCAUGCCUGGCUAUCGUGGAAAAAAUGGCCCCAUGGGGCCCUCAGGGUUGCCAGGGGAUCCAGGCCCCCGGGGACCUCCCGGCGAGCCAGGCGAGGAGGGACGGUACAAACAGAAGCACCAGUCAGUGUUCACGGUCACCCGGCAGACGGCCCAGUACCCCGCAGCCAAUGGCCUGGUCAAGUUCAACUCGGUGAUCACCAACCCUCAGGGGGACUACGACACCAGCACAGGGAAGUUCACCUGCAAGGUGCCAGGCCUCUAUUACUUUGUCUACCACGCGUCCCAGACAGCCAACCUGUGCGUGCAGCUGCUGCACAACAGCGUCAAGGUGACCAGCUUCUGCGACCACAUGUCCAACAGCAAGCAGGUCAGCUCUGGGGGAGUGCUGCUGCGGCUGAAGGGCGGAGAUGAGGUGUGGCUGGCCGUCAACGACUACAACGGCAUGGUGGGCACUGAGGGCUCCGACAGCGUCUUCUCAGGCUUCCUGCUGUUCCCCGACUAGAGUGGCAAGCUGGAUCCGCCCCCACCUCGAUCCCUCUGCUUCCUCCAUUCUCACUCAGACCCUCCACACUGCUGACCUCUUCCUCCAGGAAGUCCACCCGGCUCCUGAUCCAUCAGCCGGCUGACUCCCCUGAGCUUCCUAAGGAGCCGCCCACUGGUACCAUUCCUGUGGCAGUUUACCAGUACCUUGAGACUGUUUGCUUGUCUCAGGUGGGGAGACACAUAAAUAAAUAGAUCGCUAAAUGUG